AUGGCUCGCAAUAGUGUAAUGAAGAUGAUUAUUGAUGACUCUGAUUCUGAUAAUGAAUUGGAGAUAUUUGCAAUAGCUGCUUUAGAAGAAGAGCGGCUAAAUAAUGAGAGGCAAUUGGGAUUACGUCGUGGUUCUAUUCAAGGUCAUACAGUUAUUUAUCGUAAUCGAAUUCAAGGCCACAAGAGACUUUAUCAAGAUUACUUCUCUGAAACGCCUAUAUAUCCGCCCAAUUUAUUUAGGAGGAGGUUUCGGAUGAGUCGAUAUCUCUUUCUUCGUAUUUUAUCUAUGGUGGGAGCAUAUGAUCCUUAUUUUGUCCAAAAGAAAGAUGCUAUUGGAGUUCUUGGUCUGUUUUCCCUUCAAAAGAUGACAGCGGCUAUGAGGAUGCUCGCUUAUGGAGUAGCGGCCGAUUUUGUAGAUGAUUAUGUGAGGAUUGGAGAAAGCACUGCAAUAGAAAGUCUACAAAGGUUUGUUCAGGCAGUGGUUGCAAUUUUUUCAGAUGUGUACUUGAGGGCACCAAACAAAGAUGACAUUGCUAAAUUACUAGAGGUGGGAAAAAAUCGUGGGUUUCCUGGAAUGUUGGGGAGCAUUGAUUGUAUGCGUUGGAAGUGGAAGAAUUGUCCUACUGCAUGGAAAGGUAUGUAUUGUGGUCAUAUCCAUGAACCAACUAUUAUUUUAGAAGCGGUGGCUUCCUAUGAUCUAUGGAUGUGGCAUGCAUUUUUUGGAUUACCGGGAUCUCAUAACGACAUCAAUGUGUUAGAACGUUCUUCUGUAUUUUCUCUCCUUACUGAGGGGCGUGCUCCCCAAGUUGAUUACUCAAUCAAUGGAAAUGACUAUGCAAUGGGAUAUUAUCUCGCUGAUGGUAUAUAUCCUCAAUGGUCAACAUUCGUUAAAACAAUUCCAUCUCCACGAGGCAAUAAGCAAAUACAUUUUGCUAAGGCUCAAGAGUCAGCAAGGAAGGAUGUCGAACGAGCAUUUGGAGUGCUCCAAGCACGUUUCUCAAUUGUGCGAGGACCUGUACGUUUUUGGAAAGUUGAGACCCUUAAAGUUAUUAUGAAGGCAUGUAUAAUAUUGCAUAACAUGAUUGUUGAAGAUGAGCGAAAUGAACAAAAUAUAGACUGUAAUUAUGAUGCAAUCGAUGAAACUCUCCCUCCAGCAGUGUCACACGAGCGUACACCCGAACUUUAUGACUUCAUUCAAAAUCAUCAUCGCAUAAGAGAUAGACAAACUCAUUCUAAACUCCAAGCAGACCUAGUUGAGCAUUUGUGGCAUCUACAUGGAGAUUUGUAA